CUUACUUGUAUAUAGAUGCCUAUAUAACUAGAUAGUAUAUACCGCGCCCUUCAUUUAUUACCGUUACCUACUUUCUUUUACUUCUCAGUCGCUCCUUUGCUCACGCUUAUUGCAGACUCUAUCUGCUUUCCACUCGUUGAAUUCCCCGUCGCGGUCUAAUUCAAAAUGAUUUUCCCGUCCAAGUUUUCCAUCCAAACCCUUGCGCUCGUGGCUGGCUUUUGCGCCGUGUCCGCGAGACGUUUACCGAACCUGCAUCGUCCGUAUAUCGCGGCCGCGAACCAAGUCGAGAGCCAUGUUGAGUCGCGCACCACUGGCACCGGACCUAAGGGUUUCCUUACGCUUGACGAUAGGGCGCAUGUUGAGGGCUUCCAUGCUGCGUCCGUGCACAGCGCUUCCACGGCCGCGGGCGAGAGCUUUAGUGCUUGCUUAGAGGAUACCACAGCUUCUGUGGCCGACUGCCAGGCCGUCAUUGGCGAUAUCCGAGCCAACAACGGCACCAUCAAGGUAGCCGGGGGAUUCUGCUUGAACUGGUGGGAGGGCGGUUGUCUUGGCCGGGUGUGCGGUGGUAAGAGCCAGGAGGUUUUCUCGGAAGAUUCGCAGUGGAUCGCGAACACAAUGACUGCCUCGAUUCUCAACACGUGUGUCGCCGAGGGCAAAAGCGGUGCGGCGGCGGAUUGUGCGGAUGUUAGUACUACGUGUGGGACGUACAAGCUGUCGCUGCAGGCGUACACCGGUAUCUAAGUGUCGAGUCGGGUGUGCCGUUCUAUUAUUAGGUUGUUAUGGGAUCUGCGAAGCUUGAGGGUGUUCGGUUUACUCGGUAGCGAAUAUUCUAAAUACCUAACCUACCUAGUAGUAGUAAGAGGAUGGCAUCGUUUUUGAUAGUGGAUAUACUUGACCUAUUAUAAUAA